GCUAUAAAUUCAAUCACGUCCUGCAACUUUCUAAAAAGACCCGCCGCCAUGUCGGACCUUCCAGAACCCGACACCAACCCGCAGAUUAAAUACACUCAGAUCUUCAUCAACAACGAGUGGCAUGACUCUGUAAGCGGGAAGACCUUCCCCACCUCCAACCCUGCCACGGAGGGGAAACUUGCAGAUGUGCAGGAAGGGGACAAGGCAGAUGUGGACAAGGCUGUUGCCGCAGCCCGGGCGGCGUUCAAGCUCGGCUCCCCCUGGAGGACCAUGGAUGCAUCGCAGCGCGGCAGGCUCAUUUAUAGACUGGCUGAUUUGAUCGAGCGAGACAGGGUGUACCUGGCUAGCCUGGAGGUGUUGGACAAUGGAAAGCCGUUUGUAGACGCGUACGAGGGGGACUUGGGGGAAAUCAUUGCCGUGCUGCGAUAUUAUGCAGGCUGGUCGGACAAGGUCUGUGGGAAAACCAUCCCUGUAGAUGGCCCCAUGUUUACCUACACCAGGCAUGAGCCGGUGGGAGUGUGUGGACAGAUCAUUCCGUGGAACUACCCGUUGCCCAUGGUUGCCUGGAAGAUCGGACCUGCGCUGGCGUGCGGGAACACUGUCGUCCUCAAGCCGGCCGAGCAAACGCCUCUCACCGCGCUGUAUGUGGCCGCUCUGACAGCCGAGGCUGGUUUCCCUCCGGGCGUGCUCAACGUUGUCCCCGGUUACGGCCCGACCGCUGGGGCAGCCAUAGCAGAACACAUGGAUGUGGACAAGGUCGCCUUUACUGGGUCCACUGAGGUUGGGAGGAUUAUCCAGCAGGCUGCGGGGAGAACCAACCUGAAGCGAGUUUCGCUGGAGCUGGGAGGGAAAAGCCCGCUUAUCGUGUUCGCUGACUCCGAUCUUGACGUCGCCGUGGAGACAGCCCACAACGCCCUGUUCGGCAACAUGGGGCAGUGCUGCUGCGCCGGCUCGCGCACGUUCGUCCAGGAGGCCAUCUACGACGAGUUCGUCAAGAAGAGCGUCGCGCGCGCCAACGGACGGACCGUCAGCCACGGGUUCGACCCAAAGGUGGAGCAGGGCCCUCAGGUGGACAAAGAGCAGUUUGACAAGAUUCUGGCUCUCAUCCAGAACGGGAAGGAGGAGGGGGCUCAGCUCGGGUGCGGAGGCGGUCGCCAUGGUGACAAGGGGUACUUCGUCCAGCCCACCGUGUUCUACGAUGUCCAGGACAACAUGAGGAUUGCCAAGGAAGAGAUCUUUGGACCAGUGCAGAGCAUCAUCAAGUUCAAGUCCAUCGAUGAGGCCAUUGACCGUGCCAACAACACGACAUACGGCCUGGCGGCCGGUGUGUUCACUAAGGACAUCGACAAGGCCCUGACUAUCGCCAACAGUGUGCAGGCUGGGUCUGUCUGGGUGAAUUGUUAUGACCCGGGAACACUUCAAGCUCCUUUUGGAGGCUUCAAGAUGUCGGGCCACGGACGAGAGCUGGGAGAGUAUGCUCUACACGAGUACACAGAGGUUAAGACUGUCACCAUCAAGCUGCCCCAAAAGUGUUAGGACGUCACCUAGUCUGAAGAUACAAGAGUCUUCCAAAGCAUUUCCCAGAUGGCCUGCUGAGGUCACAGCAAGAAAAUUUUAUGGAUGACAUUAUUUGCAGACUCCAAAUUCAGUGUGAGAGAGCAAAGAAGAAACAAGAUGCCUAAAUUUUCAAAAUAGCCUUUGUUUCUUUUUUUUUAUGAAUGUUGUAACAACAACUGUAGUAGCAAGACAAUUUGGUAUUACUACGAGCCAACAAGACUGUUAUCUUGGGCCUGUAUUCAAGAAGUGCACAAAGUGACACUAGUGUGGUGGACUAAGUAUGAAUUACCAAAUUGGAAACUACACUCAAUGCUACCACACCGGUGUCACUUCUACAACUACCUAACUAGUUGCACCUCUACAAAAGUCAUGGUUAUCUCACUAGUGUCAAUUCUACUUACAUUUUAUUCCCAUUUUGGAAUUUUCUCUUCAUGUUGACCAUCUUCUGAGGAGAAAAAUUUCUUGGUUUAUUUUCAAAGUCAGAAUUAAUGUGUGUGCUGAUGUCAUCCAUAAAUUUACUUGCUGCGGCCUAAUGUACCAUGUAGACGAAAAUGUGCCAUGCUUUGACCAAGGUCGACAAGAAGGAAAGAGAGAGAUGAGGUCUUUAAGUAAUAAUAAAGGGUGGGUGUUUUUUCUGAGGUCAUUUCUUUUCUAUGUAUGGGAAAGUUGGAAUAAUUACGUAUGACUGUGCAACAUAAAUUUUGAGGUCCACGACCUCAUAGCUUUAGUUAUUUUCUCUAAGUCAUCACUACAUUGUACUUUAUAUGGGACGUCGCUGUUAUGUCAUAGGCAGUUAUAAGUGGAUUACCUUGCAAAAAAAACAUGAAGUCUGCAAAAUGUUUUAUUUUAUGGUACUGCAUUAAAGAACAGGAGAAGGGCGUUUAUUUACAGAAC